AUGGAGUCGACUUUCCAACACCGAGCCGCUCCUUCAAUGGGUACUGAUGACAUGGAGGCUCCAGAAAAGAUCCGAGAAUCACAGAUUCUUACCACACAAGCAAUCAAGGACAUUGAGCAAUCGCUAGGUGACGUUGGGCGGGGCGCCGACUUCCCCAUGUCGAGGACCCGGGGCGGCUCGACAUCAUCUCGGGGUAGUGCCAACAGUAUACCACCACCUCCGACUCGUUCUCCGCCUAUCCCCGCCGCUCUCGCCCAGAAUCGACGGACCCCCCGAGUCCCAGAUGUCCUGAGCGGCAACUCCCUGCCCUUGCCCAAAACCCGCCCUUCCCGAUCUCGCUGCGCGAGUGCCCCCGGAAACCAGCGUCAGCUAGGCAGUCUAGCCCCGAUUGACGAGGGCCGCUCUGGUCACUCCCGGGGUCCGGUUCCGCCGCUGCCAAACCGGUCGCCAAUCUCAGCUCUGCCCUCAGCUCCCAGAGCACAGCAAGAAGAGUGGCUCCAGGAAGAGUGGCAGCAAGAAGUCUCGCGCCAACUUGCGCAGUCUGUGGGAGGCAGAUCGCGCCCUGCCCGUACGCCGUCAACCCCGGCACCGUACGUGGCACCCACUUACUCCUUGUUCCCGCCUCCCCAAUCUCUGCCCGUGUCGCCGCCACCGCCGCGAUUGGUCCCGUCGGCUCCUACCGCCCACCGAUCAGCCGUGAGCAUAAGUUCCUCACCGGGCUGGCGCUACAACGAAUCCCCUCAGCCGUCCUUACUGCGCGACCUCGAACCAGACAGUCCAUACGGCUACCCUGCGCCGCCGCCCUUCCUCCACAACUGGGAAACCCCCAACCGCCCCAGCGCCGUCCUAGCCGUCAACCCGGCCAGCGCCCACCGCGCCGGCCAGACCGGCCCGCCCGUCGGCUCCCGGCCCCGGCCCCGUCCCACACCACGACCUGUGGCUGCUGCCACCAUGCGCCCCGCCCCCGCCGCCGUCGCCCCAUCAUUCCUCCCCGGCCCCUUUGUUGCCGCCGCCGUGUCCCCCGCCCCGAUCUCAAUCUCGCUCCCGACGCUGGCUCCGACUGUGGGGCCGAUUCGGGCACCGGUCCGGGCACCCGCGCCGGCUCCAGCGCCGGUUCAGGCUCAGGUUCCGGGUGUGAGGGACUCGUCUGUGUUUUCGACGGGGCGGUUUACGUAUUACCCCGUGAUGAGCCCGUAUGAGGCCGAGGCGGCGUUGGGUUCAGGCGGUGCCGAGCUGGGUGUUUACCAGCACGUUUCUGGUGCUGAGCCAGAGGAGCAGCGAGUGGACGGUGAUCCGUCGGAGAUGGAUGCGCGCAUGUUUCCGCUACUGGACCAUGAUCUGAUGUCGGCUGACCAGGCGGCUGCGGCAGUGGCGGAGGCUACGAGAGUGCGGAAUACGAUGUUUAUUGAUCGCGGGUUUGAUGUGGAGGGUAUUAGUCGGGCUUCUUAUUAUGGGGACGAGGGGGAGGGUGUGCUGGAGGCUGUAGAGGGUGUGGAGGAUGUGGCCGGGGAGUUGGGGAAAGCGAGGAUAUAUCAUGUAGUGGCAAGUCUGAAUAACUUGUACACCAGAGACGAGCCGGUUUAA